UAAGAUCGUAUGGGCAUCGAAUAUUAAGCAUCGAACACCAAUAUGGCGACUUAAUACUGUCAAUUAGUUAUGUCAAUUUGUGUGCGAUAGCCCUUAUGCGUACCAACACUGACCGUGAUCAAUCGGGACGCUCCCCUUCCAAAAGCCUGUAUAUCAUUCUGAGAGAGAGAAUACUACUCUGUAGUACAUAACCUUGUUUAACUGUGAUAUGUUAGGAUUGCAUUAUCAAGUUGGACUUGUGUAAAAUGGCUGUGAAAGACAAACAAACAGAAAUUUCAUCAUUUGAUGAGAUAGAAUGGAAUGUGGAAAAUGAAAUUCAACUUUUUUUUGCUAUGAAUGGACAUAAACCAGUUGGUAUCAAUAAGUAUUUCCACAUGUUAUGCAUAUGGGAGAAAUUUCGUAUUGCAAUCCGUAAAGAUAUAUCAUUAAAAAUAAUUUGGGAUCAUUUAGAGUCUAUGUAUGAUCUCAUGGCUUUAGAUGACAUGGAAGAUUUACCUUUUCCUAGCCAAGAGAUAGAUUUCUCUCUGCCAGAGGUGGAAUUUGUUGGAAAGCCUAGGAAGAAGGAAGAAUUAGAGAUAAAGCUAAAAGAUUUAAGAGAUAAAUAUAAAGAAAUUAAAAAAGAGAAAGAUAUUAAAGAAAGUUCUAAGAAAGACAAUAUGUCACGUGACAUUAAAGGAAGCAAGGACAUAGACAAAAAGAAGGAAGAAAUAAAGAAAUACACAAAGGACAUGGAAGUAAAGAAAGAUAAAUUUAGAGAUAUAAAAGAUACAAGGAAAGAACACAAAUCUUCAAAAAGUCGUUCAAAGAGCAAAGAUGAUAUAGAAGAAAGUGUAUCAAACAUAAGAAAAGAGCGCAAGGAUUCAGAGUCUGGCCGUGAACUUUUAAAGAGGAUCCCCAAAAGGCCAACUAGACAAAGUAUGGAAAGUUCUUCUAAAGCUUCUUCUAGUCCUCGUGAUACACCACCACCAAAACGAAGAAGAAUAUAGCAAGGAAACAAUCUUGCAUUCACGUUGGAAUGAAUGUAUUUUAUAUAAUUUAGAUUGACAUCUAUGUGAUUUGAAAAAAUACUAAAAAAAGCUUAUCAGAUCACAUAAUGGAUAUAGCUAUAUUGUUUCCUUUUAAAUAUUUUUCUUUGAAGAACCAUAUAUUCAAUAUAAAAUAUUCAAUAUAAAAUAUUUGAUAUAAAAAUA